UUUAGGGGCAUUACGGUGCAUGCCUGUCUGAGUUCAAGUUCAAGCUGCAGCAGGAGGAGGCAGGGAGAGUCCUCCUGGUCCUAGCCCAGCAUGGGCUGCCAGGGCAGCAAGCCGCGCUGCUGCGGAGCCGCCAGCAAGCAGAGACGGCCAAAAUCUCCCCAGGCAAAGGGAGCAGCGUCCCAGGAGUUGAAGGCCUCAAAGAAAGCAAAGGCUCCCCUGCCUGAGGAUGUGCAGAAGGAGAAGGCGGUGCUGCUGGAGGAGCAGAGGAGUCCGGCGAAAAAGCUCCUGCGGGGCCAGCAGGAAGACGGCGAGAGAUGGAGGGGGAAGGCGGCCACCCAGGCUGAGAGGCUGACCCAAGGUGUCGGGAGCCAGGUGCCAGGGCAGAGCGACGUGGAGCAUGAGCAGCAGUUGGAUGUACUGAAGCAGCAGCACGCUGAAGCCCUCCAAGACCUGCAGCAGACGCACGACCAGGAGAAGCUGCUCCUGACCGAAUCCUACCAGCAGACCCAGGCGUCCUUACAGGAGACGAUCGAGAAGCUGAACUCCCAGCUGAAAUCCUUCCAGGAGAGAAUGAAGCGGGUGGAGGAGUCUAUCUUGAGUCGGGACUACAAGAAACACUUACAGGAUUACGGGAGCCCCAGCCAGUUCUGGGAGCAGGAGCUGGAGAGCCUGCACUUCGUCAUCGAGAUGAAGAACGAGCGCAUCCACCACCUGGACAAGAAGCUGCUGAACCUGGAGGCUGUGGUGGAAAGGAACCUGCAGCUGGAAGAGAAGGUGAAAGCCCUGCAGCAGGAGAAUGAGGACCUGCAAGUUCGGACAGAGAAGCACUUGAUCAUGACCAGGCAGCUGUCGGAGGAGCUGCUGGCCACGCGGGGCGCGCUGGAGAAGGAGUCGCAGCUGCGGGAGCAGGUGCACCGGGAAAAGGAGGAGCUGCUGUACCGUGUCCUCAAUGGCGAUGCACCCACCACCUUCCCACUGCCCGUGGCCGAGGCGCCCCUCAUUGCCACGUAGCAGUGGCCCCUGUGACUGUCCCCUGGCUGCUAUGGGGGGCUUGGAGCCUCUGAUGGGGCUUCCUAUCCUGCGGUGACAGGGGAGUCCUUUGUAGGACAUUGCUUAUGGACUUUGCCCAUCUCCUCUGUGCCCCCUUCCUGGUUCGGACCUUGGGGGAAGCCACGAGCCACCUCCAUACUGAUAAGCCUCGAGGUUACCAGUGUGCCUAGAUGGAGCCGUUGGCUCCCAGCAGCAGAAGGAAACUGGGCAGCAAAGCCACGUGUCUGGGAAGGGGACCCGAGCUGGGUUUUGUCAGUCGGUGAAUAUGGAACCAGAGGUGGAUCUGAACUGGGAGUCUCUGGGUCCAAGUGCCUUCAGGUCUGACUCUGGCCCUGCGUUUUAUGGCUCAUCUCCAUCUCUCUCUGCAUCCACAGGGCCCGACUGUCUUGUAGGCUGGUGCCACGAGGCCCUUUGGCAGGAGCAUGGGGAGUGGGUGACAAAAGGGAGGCUGCAUCGCUCCUUGACUCCCAUCCUUUUGCUCCAAGAAGCUGUGUCCUGGGCUGAGGCUGGGUGGUGCCCAUUCACUGGGCAGAGCUCCAUGCACAGGCUGCUCGAAGGCUCCCUCUGCCUCUCAAAGAAGGGGCCAAUGCAGCUGUAUUCCCUGCUGAGACCCUCUGCCCUGGCAGCCUGGCACAGAGGGGCUCUGUGUGUAUAAGAAUCCAGCUCCUUCAGUGCCCAGCGGCUUCCCCUCCCCAUGCACUUUGCUCCCCGUGUCCCUGAAAGCCUUGGCCGGGCAUUCUCCUCAAGCCUGCACAAUGCAUCUCCCCCAUCCUCCUUGUUUGCUUUCAUCUUCCUGGGGAAGGAGACUCACUCCCCUGCUCCACCCCAUCACUCCUUGCUGGACCUCUCCUGCUCCCCCAGCAGCCAGGGACAUGGCUGCAAGCUCCAUGGUGGCUUCAGGUGUGCAGGGGUGAGCAGCUGAGCUCCUGCAAGGACCAGCUGCACGGGGAGAUGUACUGGAAUCACGUCCUGCAGCAACUGGGGCUCGAAGCUCUGCAGGAGGGGGCAGGUGCUUGAGCUGUGAGCCUGCUUUUGAGCAGCCCUGGGAUGGCCCAGAGCCUGGUUCUCUACAGGUUUGCACCUAGGAGGGUUGCUGUUUCUUAUGGGAGGUGGGAUGAGUAGGCAGUACUGCAAUCCUGCCUCAGCCAGGGGGACCGUGAUGGACAGCACAAGAGGGCAAGGACCUCCUCCCCUGUGCCCCAGCACUAGGUGGCCCUGGCUAUGGGGCGAGGAUCGGAGGGAUGUGCACGGUUUGGAUCUCCCCCUUUCUGUGCUAGCAGGCAGGAGCCGGGGAGGGCUGGGGCCCAGCCGACCUGCUGGAAAGCCCUUGGCAGCUUGGGAAGUCACUUUAAGGAGUAUUUUGCCUGUUUAUUUCCUAAAGGUGCUGCUCUUUUUUUGCAGUGAAGCGAUAGUUUUUGGUGCCUGGGAACUGCCAGGUAUUUUCACGGGAGUUAGAGUGGCUA